AUGGUCAAGCGAGCCAUAUGGCGUGAGGAUGGCCAGGAUUGGGAUUUGUUUUGGCGCGAGCCUGAAGAAUCGUGUGAUGUGUACGGAACCUGUGGCAUUUAUUCUAUAUGCAACUUCAACGGCGCAAUGAAGUGCUCAUGCUUGCAAGGGCUUGAACACAUGCAGCAAUAUACCGAAGAUGGACAGGAUUUUUAUCUGCGAGUAGAGGCAGGGGAGCUUGCUGCAUCUGCAAAGAAGAGCUCAAAAUAUUCCACGACUACAAAGAGGAUACUUAGAGUCAUGUUUCUGUCUGCAAUUCUGUUGCUGCUUCUUUUAAUGUCACUUUACAUUCUCUCUCGAAAGAAGCAUGCUGCAAGAAAAGGCUAUCUGGAGAAGCAACGGCGAUGUGAGUUGCUGUCAUUGGAUCGAGAUGCUUGCAUGUCGGAUUCUAAGGACCUUCUGAAUGCACAUGAAUGCAGAGAGAGCACUAAUCUAACCUUCUAUGAUCUAAGCACACAAAAAGCUUGGACAAGGGAAGGCUCUAUUAAUUAUAGAACUGUUCAUGCCCUUCCCUCAGGGCAAGCCACAACUCUUCCAUCUCCAACAAAACCCACUUUUGCUAUGAUGAGAAGUCAGAAUGAUCCGGUUCCUAGAUUUCUUGAUGGAGAGACAAGUUCUUCAGUGAACCAGGGCAAUGAAAAGAUUUUUGCAAAUAACAGUAAAGCAUCCAUGUUUCAUAGGACUGCUUUGAACCGGUUCCUGACAGCUUGGAAAUCUCCUGAUGACCCUGGUACUGGUAAUUGGUCUUUUCGGCUCAAUCCUAAUGGGUCUCCUCAAUUGUUCUUGUAUGAGGGUCUGGUUCCAAGGUGGAGAUCUGGUCACUGGAAUGGCCUUAGAUGGACUGGUGUACCCAUCUUGCAGGCUCGCAUUAACUUCAACAUCAGCUUUGUGACUGAUGAUGAUGGGGUAACCAUAAUGUGGGGUAUUCGCAACAGACCAAUCUUCUCGAGAUUAGUUGUUGACGAGUCUGGAUCGGUCCAACGGUUCACAUGGCAUGAACAAAAAGCUAAAUGGGAUUUAUUUUGGUCUGCACCUACUGACCGGUGUGACAAUUAUGGACGAUGUGGAGCUUAUGGUAAGUGUGAUCCAUAUGAUGCUUAUAAUUUUGAGUGUACUUGCCUCCCCGGUUACCAACCCAAAUCAUCUAGUGAUUGGUACCUUAGAGAUGGGUCAGGCGGAUGCGUUAGGAAGAAUGAGACAGGAAUUUGCAACGCUGGUGAAGGGUUCGUGAAGGUGGCAAAUGUGAAAGUUCCAGAUCCUUCAAUGGCCUAUAUGGAUAACAAUUUGGAUCUGAAAUCUUGCAAGGAGCAGUGCUUGAAGAAUUGUUCCUGCACAGCAGACAUUUCUGAUGAGGCUAAGCCCUCCCCUGCCCUCACCUACUAUCUUUCUGCAAUAUGCACUAUUACUGAUAGUUCUGUUGAAUUGUUAUUAUGCUAA